AGGCCUGCCCUCUGUCCCCCGCAACCCCAGUCCCCCUCCUUCCCUGCUCACCCCACCCCACCCUGACCUUUCCUUCCUUGUCACUUAAAGGAGCCCUUGAAAGGGAGAGUCUAAAUCAAAGGGAACACCAUGCUCUCUUGCUGGCAUUCUCUCCACCACAGGAAACUACACGGCUGCCAUGUACAGUUGGGAAGGUUGGGUACUGCACAAGGGAGGGGAGAAGAGGGGGUUGAAAUCCCAGUUGGGCUCCAUUCACCAAACUGCUAUCCAGAGAGAAAAUCGCCAUGUGCUGAGAUAUUUGAAGGUGUAGAAUGGGCUAGCUGGAGCCCCCAAGAAGCCAGAAGUAUCUUCCCAACUGGGCUCUUUAGGGCAAAUGCACACCGAGGCUAAGCGGGUCAGUCCCAUGGGGUGACUCGUAAUGGGCAGGGAGCCCCACCCCCUGUCCCAGCGUGGCACAGUAAAUGCCCCCAGGAGAGCCUUCCAGUCCUUUGAUUAAAGCCUCUCCCUCUUACUGGCCGGAUGCCUUUAAAGCAGCAAUUCUCAAAUGUGAACAAGUGUAGAAUCACCCCCAAGGCCUGUUGAAAUGCACUGCGGGGAUUCCCCGAGCUUCUGAAACAGUAGCUCUGAGGCGGGCCUGAGAAUUUGCAUUUUUACCAAGUUCCCAGGUGCUGCUGCUGGUCCAGGCACCACAUUGUGAGAAACACGGCUUUAUGAACACACGUUAACUUGCCUUAACAGGUUUAUCUGUUCCUUUUCUCCAUGCUGAUUUUAUUGGGGGCAUGUAUAUGUUGAUAAUCUUCCACCAGGACUUGAGUCCAGGGCCCACAGAUCACAGGAACAGCCCAGAAAGCCGAGUGUCUUGGUGUAUGUACAUCUCCUGAGUCCCUGACUCACCCAAGCUGCCUACUCCAAUUCGGGUUUCAGAGAGAAAGGGCCCAGAGGCAAAGCAGAGCCUGCAUGACUGAUGGGGAAAGAGGCCUCUGGCUCUGUGUGUUGAGGCCAAAUGGUGCCCCCUGGGGGGCCUUGGGGCAGCGGGAGGAGUGGGUGUCUGAGUCGCUGGGGGCCUCUGUCAUUCCCCAGAGCAUGGGCCUGCUCACCACCCCCUGAUCUUGUCCUCCCCCACUCCCACUCUGCCCCCACACCAGCAUCCCCCCUCCCCUCCCCCUCCCCCCUUCCCCUCCCUGCCCCAUGCUGGGCCUGUAGGUCUGCGCAGCCAGCAGAAAUGAGGGAGGCCCUGGGAGCUGAGAGGGGCUGGGGCAGCAUUUUGGGGGAGGACGAGGUGGGAUGAGGACCAGAAACCCAGUCCUGAGUGGGUGUGGUAUUGUUCAGUGACUACCUCAGCGGUGUUCAGCUGGAAAUUUAUUCAUACCCUCCAGAUGACCCUGUUGGAGGGGAAGGGGGUCUGCCUCCCUGACUUGUAAGGGGAUUCUACCCUGUCACACCCCUCACUUGCUCCUUUCUUCCUUCACCUGGAGGUGAAGGUGACGGUGACCUUUUCCCGUCCCUACCCUCUUUAAGGGAAGAAUAAAAGAAAACAAGCUCUGCUACAGCAAGAAAGAUAGAGGUUAGCUCUCAGAAGGAACUUCCUUCACAGGGCAGUGGACUGGGAUCUGGGCAUGGGCUGGCCCAGGGACAGAGGCCCGGACAUUAAAGACUCCUUGUCCACAGGCCUCAAGUUUGCUCAACUACCAAAUGGGUCUAAUCGUGCCUUCCAUGGUGAAGAUUCAGUGAGGUCAAGAACCUCGGAAGGUUGUUUUAAGCACGCCACGUGUGUAAAGAUUUGCUGCUUUCAGCCAACCUGGCUUCCUUGGGGAGUGAGGGAGUUGUCCGUUUAUACCUCACUGUCUUUCCCAGCCAGAAGCCUACCUGCCCAGCCCUGUCCUAACUGCCCAAUGACCCGGAAGCCCCAACUCUCUCCCAGGCCCAGCCGCUGCCCACUGAGCCCCUCAUCCCCAUAACCAGCUUAGUGGCCCCCAGGGGGACAGGGAAGCUGCCAGAACCUGAUUCUCCAUGCUCUCUUAUUUCCGUAGACACAGCCACCAGCCCAAGCGACGGCAGCAUGGGCAGCGCCAGCCCCGGUCUGAGCAGCGUGUCCCCCAGCCGCCUCCUGCCGCCCCCCGACACUGUGCUGCGGACGGGCCUGGAAAAGGUGGCCGCAGGGGCGGUGGGGCCCGAGAGACGGGACUGGAGCCCCAGCCCACCUGCCACACCUGAGCAGGGCCUGUCUGCCUUCUACCUCUCCUACUUUGACAUGCUGUGCUCUGAGGACAGUGGCUGGGCCACCAAGGGCCCCGGGGCCAGCGCUCGGGAGGAACCAUCUGAGGAGCCUGAGCAGUGCCCGGUCAUCGACAGCCAAGCCCCCGGGGGCAGCCUGGACUUGGCACCGGGUGGGCUGACGCUGGAGGAGCACUCGCUGGAGCAGGUGCAGUCCAUGGUGGUGGGCGAGGUGCUUAAGGACAUCGAGACGGCCUGUAAGCUGCUCAACAUCACUGCAGACCCCGUGGACUGGAGCCCUGGCAACGUGCAGAAGUGGCUCCUGUGGACAGAGCACCAGUACCGGCUGCCGCCCGUGGGCAAAGCCUUCCAGGAGCUGGGGGGCAAGGAGCUGUGCGCCAUGUCGGAGGAACAGUUCCGGCAGCGCUCCCCUCUGGGUGGCGACGUGCUGCAUGCGCACCUGGACAUCUGGAAAUCAGCGGCCUGGAUGAAAGAGAGGACUUCCCCCGGUACUGUCCACUAUUGCGCCUCCACCAGCGAGGACAGCUGGACCGACAGCGAGGUGGACUCAUCCUCCUCCGGGCAGCCCAUCCACCUGUGGCAGUUCCUCAGGGAGCUGCUGCUCAAACCCCACAGCUACGGCCGCUUCAUCCGGUGGCUCAACAAGGAGAAGGGCAUCUUCAAAAUCGAGGACUCCGCCCAGGUGGCCCGGCUGUGGGGCAUCCGCAAGAACCGGCCCGCCAUGAACUACGACAAGCUGAGCCGCUCCAUCCGCCAGUAUUACAAGAAGGGCAUCAUCCGGAAGCCGGACAUCUCCCAGCGCCUCGUCUACCAGUUUGUGCACCCCAUCUGAGGGCUGCAGGCCGGGCCCUAGGCCUGAAACUUGCCCUCGCUCACCCUCCCUCCUGCCCGCCCCUACCUCUGCCAGAGCCUGAGCCGAGGGAGAGGGCACUCGGCUGGCAUCAGAGUCCAAGGUCAGGGAGCGGGCAGCCCACGGCUCCCCGGGAUCUAAGUGAGCUCUCUGGGGCCCAAGGGUCCCCAGGGUGGGGGUGCUUCCUCCUCGGGCCUGACGGCUCACGUGUCCGGUCCACUGGAGGACGGAAGGAGCCAGGGCUGUCCUCAGUGUUCACGGCUCCCCAGGGAAGGCCAUCCCUCCACCCCAGCCCCUGACCCCAGAAUUUCCAGAGCAGAGUCAGCCGAAUGGCAGUAACUUAGCCAAGGCCACUCGCAGUCCGUGCUCCCUGCCACCCAUUCUGCACCAUGCUUGGCGUGGUGCUGGGAGACGUCCGCACCCCUGAUUGGGGAGCCAGGGGUGCUCCUGGGAAUGGGUAAUAAAGAUAUUAGAGAACCAGCACAACCCCAGUGCCUGCGCAGCAAGUGAGUGGCACAUCCCUGAGGCCACCAAUGCUCAGAGUGGUUGUGGUCACAGUGGCCUUGGGGGGGGGUGUUAAAGGAGGCUUCCUGGGGGAGGCAGCAUUGAGCUGAGCCCACAAGGAAAGGAUCAUUGAUUGGUAGAAGCUGUGGGAGAGAGGCAGUGAGCCAUCAAGGCCAAAGAGGGGCUGGAAUGGCCCUCAUCUUCUCCCCACUCCCAGGUGGGGGCCGAAAGGGAGGAGCAGGACUGGAGCCGGGGGGAGUCUCCCCUUGUUCGGAAUGGAGAGAAGGCGGCAUCCUCCACGGCCUCUUGCUCUGCUAUAGAUCAGGGUUUCUGCCUGAAGUGGCCA